AUGGAGCCGAUGCAGGUUGCUGUCGGCAACCCGCCGUCGCUUCGGACACGCCUAGACCCUGCCAUCAUAGCCAUUGCUUCCCUUGCUGUGGUCUUCACAGGAUGUGGAAUCAACUUCUCCUUCGAAGUCUACCAAGAGCUGUAUGAUUCAAUGUCAAAGGAACCCAAUCCGCCAUUUACCGGCGCUACUCCAGCUCAGAUUGACUUGAUCGGAACCCUUUCUAUCGCCAUGAUGAACAUUGGGACCCCAAUCGCAACGACGUGGACAAAACUCUACUCUCCACGAACGGUCACAUGGGCAUGCGGCGUUAUUUUUCCGUUGGCCUUGGUUCUGGCGAGUUACAGUCAGGUCCUGUGGCAAUUUAUCCUUACCCAGGGAUUUCUCCUUGGAGUUGGCACAGGUCUUGGAUACAUGCCACCCGUGACUGUUGCCCCGACGUGGUUUACACUUCAUCGCGGUCUUGCGAUGGGAAUCAUCAUGGCUGGAACAGGGCUUGGGGGAGUGGUGUGGCCACUGGCAUUCCGAUAUCUCAUCGUUCGCGUGGGCUUCCGCAGCACCCUUCGCAUAACAGCUGGCAUUUCAUUUGUUCUGAUCUGUGUCGCGGGGACAUUCAUGCGUUGGCCACCUAGCCAACUCACUCGAAUCCAAGCAGAGAAUGCAGCCGCCGCUCGAUCCUCUGGAGUCCUUCGCUUCCCACUGGUCAACUGGAGUGUCGUUCGUACUCGGAAGUUCCUUAUCCACGCCCUGGGUGCAGCACUUCAAUCCGCUGCAUGCUACACACCAGUGUUUUUCUUCGCCUCUUAUGCAUGCACGCUCGGAUACUCACAGGCAACAUCUGCAAACUUCAUCGCCAUUUCCAACGCCGCGAAUGCCAUAGGAAAGAUCAUCAUCGGACACAUUGCAGAUCGAAUAGGUCGAAUGAACACGCUUGCACUGGCAACACUGAUCUCGGCAGUCUCCGUGCUGGCCCUAUGGCUUCCAUCUUGUCUUUCCGACACACAAUCCAGCGGAAGCAACCUUUUCAUUGCGUUUACCAUUAUAUAUGGUAUCUUCGCAUCAGCUUACAUCUCACUCUUCCCAGCAAGUCUGAUGGAGCUAUUCGGCGUGCAAAACUUCACCAGUAUCAACGGCUUGUUAUACAUGGUCAGAGGGUUUGCAACAAUGGUCGGAACCCCAGUGGCAGGGGCAUUGAUCAGAAGCAGCCACAAGAGGGUGGAUUCUCGGAGCUAUGAGAAUACCAGCAUCAUGGUCGGUGUGCUCUUGCUGGAUGCAACUGUUGCUGCGUUGCGGGCACGACCUGAAGUGCCGCUUCCCCUUGAUGGUAGACAGGGGCGAAUGAAAUGGCUGGCAUAG